CUCUCAAGGAUUAAUUGAUUUUGUAUUUCCAGAACUACAAAUACGAUAUCAAAAUGCUGCAUAUUUAAUUAAGAGAGCAAUUCUUGCUCCAAAGAAUGAAGAGGUCGACACACUUAACUCAGAAGUACUUUUUCAAUUUUCUGGUGAAGAAACAACAUAUUAUA